CAGCCCUGGUCCUGGCGCGCCGCAGACUUCCGCCCAAGAAAGUGGUUCCGACUAAACGGCGGAGGUUCAACACUCUUGACGAGAUGGUGUCUCCCUAUGGUUCUGACAGUGAUUCUGGAAGUGUGGAUUUACAGCUAAGCAACUUGGAAGGGAUUAAGAAGGAUCCAAAUAACUUUGAUCUCAUAGACUCAGACGUUUCUGAUACCCCUGGAACUUCUCUGAAAGUUGUUACAGAAAACAUCAUACAGUCGGAGCUUGAGGGACCUCCAGGUGUGAUUAUAAUAGAAAGGUUGAUGAAUUCCAUUCAGAACUAUCUUAAUGGUGAUCGGAAGGGUGAUCUCGAAAAGCUGACAUUCUUGCGAUCUUUGUCCACUCUCAGCCGAACUUUAUCCUAUGAUGAAACCACUGAAUCAUUCAUUCAUGAACACAUCUCACAAAUCUUGGAUGCUAUAACUAUGCUCAUUCAACAGGAACCACUUCACUCUCUCUUCAGUCCUGUGCGCCAAGAAGUCUUCAUAGCUAUCACUGACCUGAGUUACCAGGAUGUCAAUUUACUGCAUGGGUCUGAAGAUAGAUCUGACUUGUUCAAUGUUCUCAUUAAAAGCAUAAUAACCCUGCCCUCCAUAAAGACUUUAAAUAUACUUCAAACAGUCAUGCCAAGUGGGCAAUACAACACAGAGUCUCUCUACAGGCAGACAUUUCAGGCAUUCUGUGAAAUGCUUCAGUGUAUGGUGAUGCAAGACCCACAUUUAGAAAAUCUUGGUCGAAUUUUGGAGCACAUGGAGCCAUGGUUACAGUCAGCAAAAGACCACGAACGUGAAAGAGCUACAGUCAGCAUGUCUCAAAUGCUGGGAUGCCUAUCUAGACAUCUCAACCUGCAACCUCCUCUGCAGUUUCAAAAACUGGGGAACCUGGUGGCUCUGAUGGCCCUGCUUUGUGGGGACCCAGUGGAGGAAGUGGCUCAAGAGGCUGCGGAGGGCACCCACUACCUGCUGCACAUCACCCUGAGGCUGAAGUGUAUCACUAAUGAUAAAAGGAAUCGCCAGAGUUUAAAAGAAGCAAUGAAAAAAUGUAAAGAAUUCCUAGAAAUUUGCAGCAUAAAACAGUUCUACAGCAACCCCUUCAAAAUUGCACAGGUCUUUGAAGUUUUUCUCAGUCCAAAUGAACUUGGUCAGUUUAUAGUGACUACCUUGGAUGGACUGAAAAAUCUGAAACAUCCUUGUACUCAACAAUCAGCAGGAGAGUUGCUGGUGACAUUGGUUAAAAGUGCUGAAACACGAUUUGAGAAGGUAUCGGACAUCAUAGGAGCUAUUUGCGUCCGGCUGCCCGUCAUCAGUCAACCUAAUGCCCGCCAGCAGGCCUUGAGCGUUGUGAGCCUGUUCAUCUCCAGGCCCAAGUAUACAGAUGUGGUGCUCAACCACCUUUUGUUUCAUCCAAUUCCAUUUGACAGGCAUUUGUCUGAGUUGUGGAGGACUCUUGAUGUCGACUUGCCCAGCACUACUUGGAUUCUGUGGAGACUGCUGCGGAAGCUUCAGAAGUGUCACAUUGUGCAUCAGGAAAAGAUGGACUAUGUAGCUGUGGCGGCAACUGAUGCUCUUUAUGAGGUAUUUGUGGGAAAUAAGCUCCAAGCAGCAACGUAUCGACUUUUCCCGCAACUCCUCAUGGCCCUCCUCAUUCAGGUUCAUCACAGCAUUGGCCUUACAAUGUCAGAUAUCACUAUCCCAAAUGGUGUGUAUACCAAGCAAGAAGUGACUUCCACCUCUACCCCUUUGAGCUUUGCUAUACAAGCUACCAAGACCCUCCUCCUAAGAACAGCAUGUUGGUACGAAUUUGAUGCCAUGGAAAAGAAAAAAGGAUGGAAUCUUCUAGAAGGAGAAAAUUUUCAUCUUGAAGGAGUGUCUCUUCUUGCCCAUGCUUUAUUGGAAAAACAUGAUAUCCUUGCUCAUAAGGUCUUGUACUUGCUAAUUCCUUUACUUAAUCGAGGGAAUGAGAAACAUAGACUUACAUCUGCGGCCUUCUUUGUUGAGCUUUUUCAGAGUCCACUGGCCAAGAGGCUUCCUAGCAGAUAUACCAUCACUCGAUUAGAAGAAUGGCUGCACCAUGAAAAUCAACAAUUCAGAGUUCUUAGCCUGAAAGGAAUAGACAACCUUCUCUGUCAUCAUCAAGAAAAGGCUAGACCAAAUAUUCAUCUUUUGGCUGUGAACCUCUUUGGAGACUCCAUUAAGAAGGUGAAAUGCAAGGAUAAGAAGGACAUAGAGGGCCAAAUUCUAGAGAGCUUGAUUCCACUGCUUCUCCAUUUGCAAGAUGAAGAUGAUGCUGUUGCUGAGGAGAGCUGUAGGGUUCUUACUAUAUGUUGCCAGUUCUUAAAAUGGAAGCUGCCACGAGAAGUGUACAAUAAAGAUCCUUGGCACAGCAAUCCUUCUGGAAUAGGAGUAGUCUGCAAAUUCUUUGAACAAAAAUGUAGGGGAAAAUAUAACAUUAUGAUGCAGACCAUGAAGUAUACCCAAAACCAUCAAGUCCAUUUAAGAAGGGCAGCAGUUCUCUUUACAGGGCUCUUAGCUAAGUACAUGGACCACAGUGAACUCCGUAUGAAGGGGACUGAGUGGAUAGAGGAUGUUCUGAGACCUCUGCUGCAUGACUCUGAGCCUUCUGUGCGUAUCAUCACAUCCCAGGCCCUUUGCAGAGUACAAAAUGCAGGUGUAGAAUCAGAACCCAGACCUGUAAUGUGUAGGCUCAGGAAUCUUUUCAACUAUAUCCAUAAUUAGAAAUACUUGGAACCCACAAACAUCAGGUGAGAGCCAGCUCCAUGUAUCCAUGUAUCUUCUAUCCACAGAUAGAAGCUUUGACGCCCCUGUCUUUUUCAUACUUAACAAAAGCAGUGAAUGAUCUGGGAUACCCACUGUUUUAUUUAAAUGAUAGGACAUCUUUCUUGCAAAUUCUCUGAGGAGUUAGAAUAGUAGUAUAGGGUAGGGCAAACUUUAGAUUCUGUUUGAGGAAGUAAUGAAAAAAGUGCUACAUUUUGGACCUGUGCUGGAUUUGCUGGAAAAUCCAGAUAGAUACGUCAUAGCAGGUAAACACUGUUACAAUAAUGAGCGACUCCAGUCUAGUUAAUUUGGGAUGCCCUGGUCCAGGGAGGAGGGGUUGGGUAGCUUUCUGUAGUACAGGAGAACCUCUCUGCUUAUAUUUGUGUGGUGCCACUUUUGAAGCCUCAAGACUUACUAUUGCCUUUUUCUCCAUAGGCUAUACCACCAACAGGGAGGAAAGAACUCAAUAUAUGAUUUUUGUGUAGUUUACUUGAGAGAAGCUUUUACUUAUGUCACUUAGGACUACUGUAUUUCAGCUAUUUAGAAAGGUUGAGGAAGUACUCAAUAAAAAUUACAUUAGAGAUUUCAGAAGGAUCUGUUCACUUCAAAAUUUUUAUUAUUUUUAUAGAUAGAUUGUGUUUUUUUCUCCCAGAAUUGGCUUUUAACCCUUAUGAAAUCUCUGUGCUCUAAACAAAAAUUUCUGGAAUUUUCAUUUUGUUCAACUUCAGUGUAUUGAACUUAAAACAUUAU